AUGAAAAAUGGCGCUUAUUGCAAGUUUUGUGUAGUAUUUUCAAAAUGUGGUGGAAUAGGGAAUCAGCCUUUAAAUAAAUUGGUAUUUGAAGCAUUUGAUGCAUGGAAAAAAGCUUUAGAGACAUUUCGUAAACAUUCAGAAUGUAGUUACCAUAAAUCUGCUGUUCUUAAUGCUGAUCAUUUUGUUGGUAUAUAUACAAAACAACAACCAUCAAUUGUUGAGGCUGUUGAUACUGAUAGGGGACACAGAGAUUCUGGAAAAAUUAAUGUCAAUGAUGAUUCAAUUAAUGAUGGAAAUUUUCGUGCUAUUCUAAGAUAUAGAGGAAAAGGAGAUCAAUUUUUAAAACUAAAUCUAGAAAAUGAUUAUCGUUACAAAUACAUUGGGUCCAAAAUUCAAAACGAAAUGAUCAUUGCAUGUGGAGAUAUUAUACAAAAAAAAAUAGUAAAAAAAAUAAAUGAUUCACAGUGUUUCUCAAUCCUGGCUGAUGAAACAACAGAUAUCUCAACUAAUGAACAAUUAACUUUAUGUGUGAGAUAUUUGGAUACUCAAAAUAAUUUAUGUUUAAUUAGUUGUGGAGUUCAAUGUGAUUUCUUAUUUGGUCAAGGGUUUGAUGGAGCAAGUAACAUGUCUGGAAAGUUUAAAGGCGUUCAAGCGAUUAUCCGUGAACAGUAUCCACAAGCAAUAUAUGUCCAUUGUGCUGCCCAUUCACUGAACUUGGCUGUUUCUACUGCAAGCAAUAUUAAGCCUAUUCGAAACUGUUUAGGCAUAUUGGAAAAAAUGUAUGUGUUUUUUAAAACUCCAAAGCGUAAUAAUGCAUUGUUAAUUGCAAUCGAUGAAGGUGAUUUUGAACCUAAAAUCAAAACACUUAAAAGACUUUGUGCCACACGCUGGGUGCAGCGUUAUGAUGCUGUGAACGAUUUUGUCGAACUAUUCCCUUGUGUAGUGGCUGCAUUAGAAAUAAUUACAGAAUGGAAUGAUAGUUCUGCCACUGAUGCUGCCAUAUUAUUAAAAGCUAUUGAUAGUGAAUUUUUGAUCUCACUUCAAAUUACUAAAGUAAUUUAUUUAUUUUAA